AUGAUAUUUAAUUACUUAGUUCUAUCUGGCAGCUUGAAGGGAAUACGGAAUGCUUCAACACGAACAGUUGAGAUCAUGUCUAUUGCAAAACUUACUCGAAAUAUAGAAGCAAUGCAUUUAGACAAAGCAGAAAAGAAAGAUUCUAAAAUUUGUGAUUCAGAUCUAGUUGGAAAAAGUCGUUUAUUACAGAGAUUAAAGAAAAAAACAGCAAGCACACAAAUAAAAGUGCCAGAACCAAAUGUUUUGUCAUAUAAAGAACCAAAAUUGUAUCAUAAAGAGAAAAAAUCAUCAUUAAGAACAGAUUCUAUUAAGUCUUUUAUAAAAGAAAAUAUAAAAAAUGUAUGUUCGGAUUUAGAAAUUCAAAAGAGUAAAGAGCAAGCACUAGAUGUGUCUGAAAAAUAUAUAAAUUAUAAUAAAAAUGAUAUAAAACAAGAAGAUACGAUACAAAAAACACAGAGAAAGCAACCAGAAAGUAAAAGUGCAAAAACAACAUAUAAAAAUAAACUUAGUAAAAGUGCUUAUGUUUAUGAAGCAAAGAAUCAGGAAAAAACGUCUAUGGAAGUUGUUGUUAAGAAAUAUAUUCAGCAAACACUAAUUCCGUGGAGGCCUUCUUCUGUUUCUAUGAAUGAUUUGAAGUUAUAUAUACCUAUUUGGCUUGAAUCUUCAAAUAAUAUAACCCAUAGCUCAGAAUUAGAAAAACAGAUAUUAAGUAAUAAACAGAAAACAAACGAAGAAUUAAAAAAUAAUCUCGAUUAUCAGAAUACGCUUAAUAUGAAUAACUCAACUUUUUAUACUAGUCAGUACAUAUAUAAGAAUUCAUCAAUAAAAUUAGAUCAAAAGGAGAAAAUGCUCAAAACUAUAAGUGAAAUAAUUGAAUAUAAAAAACAUGCACAUAUAUAA